CUUCUUGAUGUUGUCAUGAAAAGCCACUGCACUUUCACUCCUAAGGCAGCCGCGCCAGUAAAAAAAACCACUGUUCUCGUUGGAAAGAGGAGGAGUCACAGCACAAAGCUACAGUGUCUGCUUCCAAGGUCCCAAAAUGUAGUUUCCUGAUCCAGAUGCUGUUCUUCUCUUCUGAGUAAUGGUCCAGCAGGCAGGAUGCUGGGGAAGGCACAGCAAACACAAAACUCUGCUGGAGCAUUGAGCAGGCUGCAGGGUCAGAAAACACACCUGAAAAGUAUUUGUCUGAGGUAUCUGCUUCUGAACAGCCAUUGCUUUUGCCUUUUAAAGAAUGGGAUGGGACUAAUCAUCUUCUUCCUAUGUGCUUAUGUACCAAAGACAGAAGCCGGUCAUUGCAAGUGGGCAGAAGUUCUGGAAGAUUUGGAAAGGAUCAAGACAUCCAAAGAUAUUGAUGUCAGUUUAUACACUGCAAAUGCAGAUGAGGAUGAAGAAUGCCAAGAACUUGUCAUGAGGUGCUUUUUCUUAGAGACAGAAGUGAUAAUUCAAGAAUGUCGUAUCAAAAAUUGUAGCAAAACACAGGAUGUGUGGAACAUAUGGAAAAAUGGAAAUGAAAGCUUUGAAAAAAAUAAGUUGGCUUCCACAAAAUCAGAAAAAUGCAAAGAAUGUGAAGAAUACGAAGAAAAAAAUUUUACAGAAUUUGUAAAAAAUUUUGAAAAGGUUAUACAAAGGGAUUGCAAACACUGACCAAAAGAAAUAAGCUGGGAAACAAGAUUCUUGCAGGAACACUGUCAAAUAAAUUAGAUUAUCACCAAAAAUAAACCUGAAAAAAAUCACAA